CGCCUGCAGCACCCAUGGUCAACCCGAAUGGUAUCUAUUACCCGCCCGUUCAUGGGGGGUUGGUUACGUAUCUGGUACAUGAGAGGGGGGAGUAUGGAGACUGGGGCAACUCAUCUAUGAUCCGUCGGGCAAAGAUCCGAUGACACCCAAAAAGGUCAUUCAACACAGCUACGUUGGAUUUUCAUGCCAGCUCUUGAUUUCACCCUAGUUGUUGAUGCGUAAAGUCAAUUGACCAUAUUGCAACAUUAAGGGUCAUCCUAAGUUGGGAGAAACACAUCAUCUUUUAGGAUUGAGAACUUGAGACGAACUUUGACAGUCAAACGAAAAAAACCAGACGAACUCCAAGGCGUUUAGCCUGUCAAGACACUACUAGCACUUUCAGGGGGUCCGUCACCUUCCAGAAACCAGCCCAACAUGUCAUCCACAGACUUUCCCAUCAUUGAUUCCCACAUCCACCUCUACCCAGAGGCCGAGCUGGAAACCUUCAAGUGGUACACGCCAGACAGCCCGCUCGGCAAGCGCCACUCGCUGGCCGAGUACCGCGCCGCGACCGGUUCCCCCUCCAACCUGAAGGGCUUCGUCUUUCUCGAGACGGACCGGCUCAACGAUGAAGGUCGAGACUGGAAGUUCCCGUUGAUGGAGGUGGAGUGGCUGGCCCGCAUCGCCGACGGCAAGCCUCGGGACGGCGAGGGUCACACCCCAGAGGAUGCGCCGCUGUGCCUGGGCAUAAUCCCCUGGGCCCCCAUGAACCUCGGCGCCGCCAAGGUCGAGGAGUACCUGGAGCAGGCCGAGAAGGUGGCCGGUCCUGCCACCUGGGCCAAGGUCAAGGGUUUUCGCUACCUGCUGCAGGACAAGCCGGCCGGGUCGGGGUUGACGGAGGAGUUUGUCGAGUCCAUGAGGCUUCUGGGCAAAAAGGGGUUCAUCUUUGAUGCCGGUGUGGACCAGCAUCGUCGGGGGAGGCAGCAGCUGGAUGAGCUCGUAUCCAUGAUCGACCAAGCUCAUGAUGGUAUUGCGAAUGAGGACGAGAAAGUCAAGUUCAUAACCAACCACUUCUGCAAACCAAACCUAGAGAUCAUCAACCAGGCCGACCCAAGCUUCAUCGCAUGGCGUGCGGCCAUGUUUACCCUGGGCAAGUGCGACCGCGUCUACAUGAAGCUGAGCGGUCUGUUCUCCGAGAUGCCCGAGGCACUGCGCCAACGGUCCGUGGAGGAGAUCUUUGAGGCUGUCCAGCCCUGGCUGGCCGUCGUCCUGGCCGCCUUUGGGCCCUCGAGGCUGAUGUUUGCUAGUGACUGGCCCGUGUGCACCGUCGGCGUGGAUCAGGCGGACAGCGGCGGGGCGUGGAAGAAGUGGACGGCGGUUAUCGACCGCCUCUGCCAUAUGGCUAGCCUGUCAGAGGAAGAUCAGAAGAUGAUUUGGUCCGGGACGGCGGUCAAGGCGUACGGGAUUGACAUCUAGCGUUAUUGUUGUUUAGCUCCAAGAGUUGUAUUAAACGGCGAGAUGCAAGUCUUAAUUUGCACAAAUAUGUAUGAGGAAGCAUCAUCAUGUACAAGGGGGAAUUUAGCGAUUUGAAGCUGGUUUAGAUGUAGCCAAAAUACUUUUCAGUCACUCGGAGGACCUAAUACACUUGUGGUUAUAUGGGA